AUGAUGGUAUCCCGGCGAAACCCCCGGGGUCCAGAGGAAGAAGCGAACGAGGAGAGACGCGACGAUGUCAGGGCGCGCAUCCUCCGCUGCCAACAUGGCCAAGCCCUGGCGAAGGAAACUUGCGACAUCCUGGUCGACAUGUGGCACAAGGGAGAACUUAAAGAUGGCACGGAUAGCUUCGGUGACGGGUCUAGGGGUAUCGACAAUGGUCUCUUUUACGGAUUCCUUUCAAGAGACAACGCCCCCCCCUACAAUGCUCGUAGGAGAGAGGACGAUGGCGACUCCUUCUGGAGCAAGGGCGAGGCGAGACGAAGGCAUAGCGACCGCGUGUUCCGGGCAUGCUUAACGGCCGGUUUUCCGGUGCUUAUUGAGGGAGAUAUCACGCGGUCUGUAUGGGGGCUGUUAGUAAAGCAGCUGUUGGGAAGCACAUCUCGAAGCUGGGGAACCUUGGAGUGA